AUUUACUCAAGGAGGGGAGGGGACUGCACAAAUUUGCCAUGUUAUAGGAACUGUUGCAACAUGAGUUGCGUAACGUGAAUCCUUAUUGUAAAUAAUAAUAAAUGAAUCUCUCCUGAUAUGACAUUUUGUCAUUGAUAAAAAAAUAUGGAAAGGGGCUGGUUUUAAGACCCCUAUUCGUGGCUGGCGUAUCGCUUCAUCCACCCGAGCUGCCAUGUUGGAUUGAGGUGAUCGUUGUUGCUGUAGGAGUUCGGGAUGAAAGUUUAUAAUUUGCAGAUGAUCGGUUGCUGAAGCGUCCAAACCGAGUUUUAUUUGCGGGAUCACACGUUUUGUUUAAGAAGAAGGUGUGCUUGGAGGGAAAGGCAAGUUCUGAGUCGGUUCUUUGCGGAAUGCAGUUCCAGGAUGGGCCGAGUGCAGGCCACGAUGAUGUCUGAUCGCAUAUAUUUCACCUAAAAAACUUUACCAGGAUACCAACAGCAGGACUCGUCCGCCUCGUGUUUUUGCAAACAUGAGUGCACCAGCGCCUCAGAGGAGGUUGGCAAAUGUGGGCUCUUUGCUCCUCACCCCGCAGGAGAACGAGUGUCUGUUCAACUACCUUGGCAGGAAAUGCAUCACUCUGUGUUCUGCAGUGGUGCAGGUGUACGCAGCAGACAGAGGUCCCUCUUGGAGCAAACGAUGCUGUGGAGUGGCCUGCUUGGUGAAAGACAACCCUCAGAGGUCUUAUUUCAUCCGUGUGUUUGAUAUCAAGGAGGGCAAAACUAAGUUCGAGCAGGAGCUGUACACUAAUUUUACAAGCAAUAGUUCAAGACCUUACUUUAUCACGUUUCCAGGAGAUUCUUGCCAGAUCGGCCUGAAUUUUGCUAAUGAAGAGGAAGCGAAACGAUUCCGCGUUGCCCUUAAUGACCUCCUCAGCAGACGACAGAAGAAAACCGAGAAAAGACGUGACCCAACAAAUGGGCCCACGUUGCCAAUGGCGACAGUGGACAUCAAGAACCCAGAAAUUAACAAUGUGAGCUUCCACAACAAUUCCCACAUGAACAACAUGGUGCACAGUAGCCUUAACAAGAAAGAGAAGAAGGUGAAAGGCAAGAGGAAGAAACUGACGAAAGCUGAUAUCGGGACUCCAAGCAAUUUCCAACACAUCGGUCAUGUCGGCUGGGACCCGAACACAGGCUUCGAUCUGAAUAAUCUGGACCCCGAGCUUAAGAACCUGUUCGACAUGUGCGGCAUCUCCGAAGCACAACUCAAAGACAAGAAGACAUCAAAAGUGAUUUAUGACUUCAUUGAGAAGAAGGGAGGUGUGGAAGCUGUCAAGAAUGAAUUAAAGAGACAAGGUCCCCCCAGGUGGAAUGCACCUCCACCUCCUCCUUCACGUGGCGGCCCUCCUCCCCCACCCCCUCCUCAUCACAAUUCUGGACCUCCUCCUCCCCUACCCCCUGCCCGUGGACGAGGAGCACCACCUCCCCCUCCCCCUUCCAGAGCGCCAACAUCUGCUCCUCCACCCCCUCCGCCUUCUCGCCAGAGCUUUGGGGCACCUCCUCCUCCACCUCCAAGUAGAGGCCAUCCUCCUCCCCCUCCUCCUGCUCAUUCCAACAUGUCCCCCCAGGCCCCUCAGUCUCACCCUCCACCUCCUCCACCUCCACCACCAGCAGCAGGAGGAGCUCCUCCACCUCCUCCUCCUCCUCCUCCUCCACCUGGACCCCCACCUCCACCCGAGGUGGAUGGAGUUGUGGAGUCAGUGUCCAUGCCCACAGGAGGUAAAUCAGCUCUGCUGGAUCAGAUCAGAGAGGGCACCCAACUGAAGAAGGUGGACCACAAUAAUAGCCAGCGUCCAGCAUCCACCAACACAGGCCGGGAUGCUCUACUCGACCAGAUCCGCCAGGGCAUUCAGCUCAAAACGGUAUCAGAUAGUUCAGACUCAGGCCCACCCACACCUGCUCCUGCAUCGGGUAUUGUGGGAGCACUAAUGGAGGUGAUGGAGAAAAGGAGCAAAGCCAUUCAUUCCUCAGACGAAGACGAAGAUGAUGAUGAGGAUGAAGACUUUGAGGAUGAUGAUGAAUGGGAGGAUUAGAGCUCAUCUCCUUGUGGUAACUCCCACCCAGUAGAAUAAUUGACACUAAAUUCUCACCUUUCCAAAAUGUACUCAAACUCUGUACAUGUUCUUUCAAAUCGCUGUAUAUUUUUGUUGCCUAUUUUUAUUAUUAUUAUUUUUUUUUUAAUAAUUUGUGCAAUACCUCAUAUAAUCUGUAAAGUAUUGUCAUGUAUCCUCUGUAAAGUAAUAUCCUGGAAUAACCAUGUGAAAUUUAACGCCAGGAAGGGCUUUGUCGAUUUGAAUGUUUGUUCCCUCAUUAACGAGGAAAGGGAGAUGGACAGGAUCCUCAAUGUACUUGUUAAUUGUUGAUUAACGAUUGAAAGCGCUAUUUUCAUACCCUGCUUUUCAGUACUUUUGAUUUUCAUAUACAAGUCCUAGUUUAGCAUUCUAUGUUUUGGUAAGAGGUUCUUCUAUCAGAAUAUUUAACCCUUCCACCCAGCCACCAAACCUGUAACUGUAUGUAAAUGUACACUCGGCUGAUAAACUAUGUUAUGUUUUGCACGGAUGUCGAGAUGAAAGUCACUACAACACCACAUUUUGCUGCAUUUUCACUGAUUUCCUGUGCUUUUUAGUACCAGGUUAAGGUUUCACUGAACACUACACACACACACACACACACACACACACACACACACACACACACACACACACACAACAAAAUACAGUUUAUUUUUUCUGUUUAGUUUCUUGCUUUAUGGUGUUAUUGAAAAAGAUAAUGCUGUAGAUCAAAACUGACAAUGUUGUGAAUGCAGUUUGUUUUGAAAUAUGAUCAACAUCCCCAGUAACUUUUUUUCUUUUUCUUUUUUUUUUUUUUUUAAUCAUAUCAUGGAAGAGCACUACACAAAAAGUUCAGCAACUUAAACCAUUUACUCUAUAAGCUUUUAAAAAGCCACUGCUUUUUAAAAUGCAUGACAAACACAUGCAAGGUCAAUACUAAGGAUCUUUGUGUAGCAAUUAACUGUUUUAACAGUAUUUGUCUGAGUUUUGCUACCCUUCAAGGGUCGCGCUGCAUUAAAACUAUAAAACUGACACCGAACCUUACAAAUGGGUUGGAACGUGGAAUGAAAACACUAAAUUGUAUACUUAAAUAAAUGGUAAUAUUGGUUCAUUUUUUUUCA